CUUGUUUUUUUAAAAAAGAAAAGAAAAGAAAACGAAGAUGAUGGAAAGUGGUCAAUUUCUUUCUAAACCCCAAAAUUCUCGUCGUUAGGGUUUCUUCGAGAUGGCCUCGUCUUCGAUCUGAGCCCCAGAUUGGGGUUACCGUGGUUGUCUUGUAGAUUUGAUCCUGGUGUGGAGCUUGAAUUCAGAAGAAUUGAAAGCGAAUGUGUGGCUUUAUUUCAAUAAUUUUGUUUGCUGGGCUGGCUUCCACUGGUUUUUCUUUUCUGCCGAUUCUUGUUGCAGGCACGAGGAACGGUAUAUCUUGCGGUUUUUCGAUGGGCGCUGGAUAUUGAAGAAAAAGUAAGUAGGAAAAGAAGAUUGGAGUGUGUAGGGGGCGAGGAGAAGCAGCGUACAUUUUAAUUUUUCCUGUGGACACAAAUGUGGAUGUUAUUUAGCCGACGGAAAUGUCGAGCUACAACAAGCAAAUUGUAAAUACAAUGGAAGGUAGGUCUCCUGAUCGUGCCUCAGCAGGAUCUGGCCCUAAAAGGUCUAGCAUAUCAUCUGGUGGUCGGCACCAUGGUUCAUCAUCCACUUACCGGAAAGACUUCCUCCGGAAAUUUGUUGAUAGUGAAAGCUUAACUGUAAGUCUCGAUGAUUGGUUCUCAGGAAUACGCGAGGAGUCAAAUUUUAGGAAACCAGCAUUUGAUGUUCCAUUUGAGCUAACGGAGCUUCAGAGUUUCGAUUAUGCAUUGGAAGGUGUUCCUUUCCAACAACUGAUACGAAUGCCAAAUGCUCUUCAGGCAUCAACUUCUGAUGCUGUUGAAGCAACUGCGCAUCUUGCCAUUGAAGACUUUUUGCAUGCAGGUCUCAAGGGCUUAUGGGAGACCUUCUGGGAUCAAGAUUUGCCUUUGCCUUUUUCUGUUGCAUGUAUUCAUAGUACAGGUUCUAAAUUCUACCCUGCUGAGAAAGCUAUUGCCAGUGGGAAGCUUGAUGGUCUUUGUGCCGCAGCUAUACUGUUAAAAAAUGAUGGGAAUUCAAACGGGAGAUGGGAUCAGAUUGUUGAAUUAGCUUUGUUAAGACCUGACAUUGGGACUCUUUCAAUACAUGCAGAUCAGGAUCAGCCUCACUCUGUAUUAGGCGAGGCACUAUUCUUUGCUAUCCGAGUUCUUGUUUCACGAAGCCUUAGCAAAUCAUCUGCUGCACUUCGCAACUCAAAUUGUGUUUUUGUGCUUUUAGUUGAUUCUCAAUAUGCUGGAGUCGUGAAACUUCAAGGUGAUAUAAAUAGGUUGGACUUCCAUGCGUAUAAUGUGUAUGAGUGCUCUGCUGAAUGGAUUAGAAAACAUGCCAAAAUCAGCGUUUCUACCAUUGAUAGAGUGUGGAACAAGCUUGGGAAUGCCAAUUGGGGUGACGUUGGAACUCUACAAGUCCUACUUGCAACUUUCCACUCCAUGAUUCUGUUUUGUGGUGUCCCAAAGUAUUCACCUGAACAAUUAGCCACAGAACAUAGUUCCCGUCUGCAAACACGAAGAACUGAAAGACAUUUAGUAAAUACACAGGUUAAUGGAAAUGGUAUGUUUCGCUUCCAGCAGCGCAGCACAUCCCCUGAAAUCGUUGAAGUCCAGGAAGACUCUAUCAAAACUGUACCUGAAGAAACAUUGAACCUUGAAAAGGGUUCUGUUAUAUAUUUGGAGGACUCAAACUGGCAAAAGGCUUUUCAGAUUAAUGGAAGAUUGUCAGAUACUGAAGUUUCAAUAUACGGUGCAACUCUCAUGGAUGAACAAUCUAAGGUGCUGAUCUUGUAUGUGGGUUCAUCUCCAACACAUAUGGAUUUAAAUCUGUGGUACCAGGUUCAAAGGCAGACCAAGAUAUUGAGUUUGAUGAAGCAGAGAGGUUUGUCAAACAAGCACGUUCCUCAAGCUGUUGCUUCUGGGAGAAUUGUUCACCCUGGUCAAUGCAACAGACCAAGUACUGGGGAAAAUUGCAGUCAUCCAUGGUGUGGAACCCCAAUGCUGGCAACAUCUCCAUAUGGUGAAACAGUUUCUUACAUGGUAAGAAAUGGAUUAUUUGGCCCAGAUGAAGCUCUCAGAUGCUGCCAUGACUGCCUAUCUGCCAUUGCAGCUGCAUCAUCAGUCGGAAUUAGACAUGGUGAUAUUUGCCCAGAAAGCAUUAUUUAUGUAAUCUCUAAUGUAAAACGUCCUUUCUUUGUUCUUAUUGGUUGGGGACAUGCUGUCUUGGAAGAGAAAGACCGACCAUCAAUGAAUCUAUACUUCUCCUCUACCUAUGCUCUUCAAGAAGGGAAACUUUGUGCCGCUUCUGAUGCUGAGAGUUUGAUCUACUUGCUUUACUUCUCUUGCGGUGGAGUUUUUCCUAAUCUCGAUUCAGUUGAAGGCGCACUCGAGUGGCGAGAAAUGUCAUGGUCGAGACGUGUCAUACAACAGAAACUUGGGGAGAUCUCAGCUGUGCUAAAAGCCUUUGCUGAUUAUGUGGACAGCUUGUGUGGGACACCUUAUCAUAUGGACUAUGACAUUUGGCUGAGAAGGUUGAGAAGGGCAAUCAAUGAAGAAGAUCAUGGAAAGGACAUUGAUUCAUCAAAUUAAGAUUCCUGAUGGCUUUUAUCAAUGCAAAUUCAGGUUUUUUUGUCAGAUUGUGAUUUCCUUAGAGCCUUUUUUUUUUUCUUUCUUUCUUUUUUUGAGUUUAUCCUCAUUCUUGAUUGAUAUUUAAGAUCGGAACCUGUUACUAGUUGCUGUAUUCUGGGCCAAGUUUUAUUAUGAUUGCAAGAGUAUCCGUGCCUUGGAAAUUUUCAGAUAUCAACUUCACUGAGAUCGUAAAGUUUCAGCCAUUAUUUCCACUUGAUUUCAACAGUAGGUUCUAGUUAAUAAACAGUGUUCAAAUUGACUGUAGUUGUCUUCCAGGAUUGGAAAAAAUGGAUGUCCACAUGUCAUCUUAAGAUCCAGAAAGCUUCUCUUCUGUCUUGGUGGUCACAUUUGGGUUUCAUUUAUGCACCUUCAAAUGGUAACUUGCAGUAUCUAUUUCUUCUUCUUCUUGUUACUGUGGUAGAUAGAUUCUGGGUGUGUAAAGGAUUAUGGCUCAUUUUGUUUGUUCUUUUAAUUCCACAAUUAGUUGCUGGGGUACAGAGGAUGUCAACUGUUCUUAUUAGCAUUUUUGUAAUUAUAAAUUUAGUAUUUUUUUUUUUAAUCAUAACUUGGUGAUCUUUUUCUAUAAA